AUUUACCCUUUUUUUCAAAUAUGAGGAAAAAAAAUCCUCCCAAGCAGAGCCUAAUUACAGUUUCCCAUAGAACUACCAUCUCUAUUCCGUCUUCACUUCACUCGUUCCCCGCCUCCAAACAAACCUCUCUCACCACCACUCUGUCACUGCCUCCUAACCCCUCUCUUGCCUUUCAAGUUUCCGGCGAAAUUAAUUCAGAAUGAAUGCGAAAAGGAAACGCCCGGAUACGAUUUCUGAUUCUGUAACAGAACAAGAACGAAUUGUUCAUGAAGUAAUCCGAAGCAAACAAGACAUGGGAAUAUCGCAACAAGACAUGAAACGCGAAAUUAAUCUUCACAGCAACCUAAUCGCCAAAUGUAUUAAGUCACUGGUAUCUAAGAAUCUCAUAAAAGAAGUGAAAAACAUCCACAGCCGGAGACAGAAGCAUUAUAUGUCCGCGGAGUUUGAGCCUUCCAAUGAAAUAACUGGUGGGGCAUGGUAUGUUGAAGGUAGCCUUGACAAGGAGUACAUUAAUGUUUUGAAAGAGCAGUGUUGGAGGAAGAUUUAUGGUUUGAAAGUUGCUACUUUGGAAGGGAUUGCGGAUGCUAUCAAGAGGAGCAAUGUUUCGCAGAUUGAGUUGUCGAAACAGCAGGUUGAAGAGAUUGUGAAGGCUUUGGUUUUGGAUAAUGAGGUUAUGGAAGUGAGAAGUACUGGAACGGGGGAGUUUGCGUCGAUUCCAGUUGGGAAAGCUUGCUAUAAAUGUGCUGGUAAGAGAGGUUAUGGAGGAGAACCCAAGCUUGGUGCCUUGGCUUCCAUUCCUUGUGGAGUUUGUCCACAGAUAAGUCGUUGCACCCCUGAUGGAAUAAUCUCUCCCAUCACCUGUGAAUAUUACAAGAAAUGGUUAGAGUUUUAGUUUGAUUGCAUAUUUUAGAUAGUUGAUGGUUGAUGGAUUUGAGUGGCUGGCCAAAAUUUUACAUUCCUGAAUGUUUUUUAAGUCUAGCCUGAUAUAUAUUGCUCAUUUGGUUUGUUGGUUCUUGCUUAUUGCUUGUUUGCAUCACUCUUUAUUUCUUUCUUUGAAUGAUACAGUGAUUUGAUUAUUUCUGCAAGUGUGAACUGAUCCUUGAUAAAA